AUGAGGUGCUGCGCCGCCGCCGUCGCGUUGCUCGCGGCCGUGAUGUCCGUGUCCGUCGUCCUGCACGCCGGGGCGCACCGGCCGCUCGCCAAGCUGCCGCGGCCGCGGGCGGCGGCGCUGCAGAGGACCGACACGUGGCCGCCGACGCCGCAGGCCAAGGGCGGCGCCAACCUCACCGCGAUCCUCACCCUCGACGGGCCGUUCCGCACCUUCCUCGGGUACCUGCAGCAGACCAAGCUCGUGGAGGUGUUCCAGAACCAGGCGUGCCUGACCGACCAGGGCAUCACCAUCUUCGUCCCCGUCGACAGGGCCUUCGCCGCCGUCAAGCCGUCGGUGCUGUCGGGUCUCUCCGGCCUUCAGCUCAAGAACCUGAUGAUGUGCCACUCGCUGGCCAAGCACUACGAGCUCGCGGACUUCGAGGGGCUGAGCCGGAUCGGGCCGGUGACGACGUUCGCCGGCGGGCUGUACACGGUGAACGUGACGUACGACGCGGGCACCGUCCACGUGCGCUCCAGGUGGGCCGACGCCAAGAUCGUCGGGAGCGUAUCCGUGGACGCGCCCAUGGCGAUCUACGAGCUCGACCGGGUGCUGCUCCCGGCCACGCUCUUCCACGCCCAGCCGCCCGUCGCGGCGAUCCCGGACGGCGCCGGGGCGCCCACGACGGAGCCGGAUCCCGUCGCGCCGAGGCAGUAUCACUCGGCGGGAGUGGCGGACGCCCCGAUCUCGGCGUACGGAGGCGGCGAUCGGUUCGCUCGCCAUGCGGCCAUCGCGUUUCUCGGUGCAAUGGCGCUGGUCGCAUUGUGA